AUGGGCGAAAGGAUCGAUAGAGAUCCGAUGCCGUCAGAUCCCCAUCAUGAUGCCAAGGGAGAUUUAGAGAGUAUUGCUUCCAACGAGGAGCCGACCUCAAUCUUGCCCAAGGAAAUGGACUAUCCGAACGCCAGUCGUGAUGCCCCGGAUGAGGAUAUUCGAUACGAGUAUCUCACUUUCGAGACUCCAAUUCCUUUGGACGAACGCCUCUACUCGAUAGACGGCGCGGUCACCAGUACUGUUCCACUACCAAAUUUGAGACAGUACGAUUCACCAUUCGACUGGUCAUCGUCACGGAAGAAUAUUAUUCUAGUGAUUAGUUGUUGGUGUACCUUUACUGCCGCCUACUCUGCCGGAGCCUAUUCCAUCGCCUCAGAUCCACAAAGAGAGAAAUGGCAUAUCUCGAGUGUGGUGUUCAGCGUCGGCGUGACGAUGUGGGCGCUGGGCUUUGCUUGCUCACCCAUGUUACUGGCACCGUUUUCAGAGAUCAAUGGUAGGAGACCCGUCUUCAUUGGAUCUGCUGUCAUGUUUCUGGCUGGCCAGAUCGGUUGCGCGGCCACCAAUUCCUUUGCAGCGAUGCUGGUCUUUCGCUUCAUCGUUGGUGCUGGAGCAAGCACAUUCGCCACCAUGGUUGGGGGUGUCGUCUCUGAUAUGUAUCACGCUGAACAUCGCAACACGCCUAUGGCCAUCUACAGCGGCUCCGCCUUGGCUGGCACUGGGUUUGGAUGUUUACUAUCGGGUUUCAUCGUUGGGAGAGCCAGCUACCGAUGGGUGUAUUAUCACCAGAUCAUCUCACUCUCUCUGCUAUUUGUCGUGGUGUGCGUUUUUUUCAAGGAGACUCGUGGCUCGGUACUUCUCAGCCGCAAAGCAAAGGCUCUGAAUGAGUAUUUGGAAAAGAUAGAGCAUCAAAACCAAGCACAACACGGCCCCGAAAAGCCAGCACCACCACCUACAUCCUCUGCACCACCAACACCCGCACGCCUGCGCUACAAAGUCGCGGCCGACGAAAAUCGCUCUUCACUACGCCACAUGCUCUACCUAUCGCUGACGCUCCCCUUCAAGCUCCUGGCGACCGAACCCGUGGUCUUCUUCUUCUCUCUGUGGGCCUCCUUCGCGUGGGCCGUGCUGUACAUGACGUUCUCGGUGCUCCCACUGAUUUUCCGCACACGGCACAACUUCACGACGGAGCAGAACGGGGCCGUCUUCGCCGCCAUCUCCAUCGGCAGCAUCCUCGCCACCAUCCUCUCCAUCGUCCAGGAGCGCAUUGCCAAGAGACACUGGCCCAAGCUGACUGAAAGCCCCGAGGGCCGCUUAUACUUCGCGUGCCUGGAGUCGGCCUUCCUCCCCAUCGGCCUCUUCUGGUUCGGCUGGACGACGUCGUCGUCGAUCCACUGGAUCUCGCCGGUGCUGGCCAUCGGAUGUGCGCAGAUCGGGAUCUUCGUCAUCUACCUGGCCGUCUUCAACUACCUGGCGGAUGUGUACCACCGGUACGCGUCGUCGGCCCUGGCCGCCCAGAGCUUCAUGCGGAACCUCAUGGCGGCCAUCUUCCCCCUGUUCACCGAUCAGAUGUUCCGCAACAUCGGUUAUCCCCAGGCCAGCAGUCUGCUGGGCGGCAUCAGUGCGCUGUUGACCCUCGUACCCUGGAUCCUGCUCUUCAACGGCGAGAAGAUCAGGGCCAGAAGUCGCAUCGCUAGGGAGAUCAUGUCGCAGGGCGCUGCUGGGUGA